CAAAACACUCGACUGCUUGCCGACGAGCAUAAACUCUAGUGUCCUACUUCCAUUCCCUAGUAUGUUUCAUUUAUCAGACUGUACUAGUUGAGUUGAUCUCCAGUGAUUGCAGAUUUCUAUGAAUCAUAGAAGCUGAGAAUCAGGCUUUGUUCGACGAUGUUAAAGAUGACCGACAACCAGAACAUGACCACCUACACCAACGGCAACGAAUUCACAGAAACGACUACAAAAGAAAGAAUGGACAAGCUGUGCCGUCAAGUCUCAAUUGAGAGUCCCGGACCGCGAAUCCAAGAUUGCGUCUUCAAUUACCAAAUUCCAGUACCCGAGGUGCCGCCCAAAGGUGCCAGGAUCCAAGUGGUAUGUGCAGGAGCUUGUUACAGAAUGAGGGGGCGCUCAGCCUCAACCUCUAGCACCACCUCCAACCACUCCAACGAUGAAGUGCCUACCUGCAACUCCUCCCUCUAUGGUUUCAGGGAUAGUUCGCUUUUUCCAGGGUUUGAGGUUGCCGGAAUCGUAGACGCCCUAGGAGAAGAUGUCAGUGACACGUGCUUGAAAAUUGGGCAACGCGUCAUCAUCUACCCGCACGAUGAUCUUCCCCACGGUUACGCGGAGUACAUGAUCGUGCCGGAGUUAUCCUACCUGGUACCAAUCCCCGACAAUCUACCUAUGAGCGUUGCCUCCAUGUUGCCUACAGGUGCUUUGUUAGCCAAAAGUGCAGUGAUGGCGGCACAGGUUUAUGUUGAAAAAAUUCUGAGCCAGUCGCCUAGUGAUCACGUCUGCAAAAUUUUGGUUGUCGGCACUGGAGGUCUGGCCUUGUGGGCAGUAAGGACAGGAAAACAGCAGUUCAAAGUUCCAGAGUUCCAAGGGAGAGUCAAGAUCGUCGUUGCUAGUUUGACAGAUGAAGGGUUCCAGCUGGCUUCGGAAAUACCACACGUUUCAGUGGUGCAGUGGAAUGAAGAUCUUUUCGAGAGACAAAUUGUGGAAAGAACUCAAGAUGCGUGCCGUGGUCUUGUAGAUGUAGUAAUCAAUUUUGGAAUAACCUCUAGAUCUUUACACAGAUGCUUGCAGUGCCUCAAUUCGGGAGGAAUAGUCUUCGUCAGCGAUGAGGUCGCCGAUAGACUUCUACCCAAAUUCUCAAAAUUAAUUGCUGAAAAAAAUCAGAAGAUAGAACCCGUAAGUCUAGGAUCCAUCGAUGUUCUCAAAGAACUUGUUGAGCUGGUUUCAAAUGGAGAGAUAACUCCUCCUCCUCAUACUGAAUUUGCAGCAGAAGAUGCGCCAACAGUGGUGAAAAAACUGUGCAAAUCUGAAAUUCCCGGCAGAGCCGUUUUGAGGUUUCACGAUAUUGAAUAAAAAGGGUCGUUUAU